GCAGUUGCGAGGAGCUAGCCGCGACAAGCGGAGCGCACAAAUCCGUCCGACAUCGGAACGCCACCCAUUUGUAAUCGCCACCAAAACCGAAACCAUCGUAACCAGCUGCGAAAUCGGAACGGAGCCAGAACAAAAACCAAAACCAAAACCAAAGAUAAGGACGGCACUACAAUGCUGAAUACCUUCAGUUCGGUGAGGCAGUACCUCAAGUUCGAUCUCACGCGGGUGGUCAUCGACAACAUAGUGUUCAAGCUGCACUAUCGAUGGACCUUCGUGAUGCUCCUGGUGGCCACGCUGCUGAUCACGUCGCGUCAAUAUAUCGGGGAGCAUAUCCAGUGCAUAUCGAACAGUGUCAUUGCUCCCGUCAUCAACACCUUCUGCUUCUUCACGCCCACCUUCACAGUGGUGCGCGAUCAGAACCAUACGGCCCACAGACUGGGGAGCGAGCCCCCCGGAUUGGGAAAUUAUGAUCCCGAAAAGGAUUCGAUCAAGCGCCACGCCUACUACCAGUGGGUGCCCUUCGUACUGUUCUUCCAGGCCCUCUGCUUCUAUGUGCCGCACUUCCUGUGGAAGCAGUGGGAGGGCGGUAGGGUGAAGGCCCUCGUCUUCGGCCUUCGGAUGGUGGGUCUGACGAGGUACCUCAAACACGACAGUCUGCGGAUCGGCAAGCUGAAUAUCCCAUCCUUGGAGGAGACAGAGGAGCGCAUCAAGGACAUUCGACGCACAAUGAUCGACAGGAUGCGAUUGAAUCAGUCGUGGGGUGCCCACUUGGUGUUCGCGGAGGUGCUCAAUUUGGUGAAUCUCCUGCUUCAGAUAACCUGGACCAAUCGAUUUUUGGGCGGACAAUUCCUCAAACUGGGACCGAUAGCCCUGAUGAACCGGUGGUCCGAUAAGAUGAGCAUUCUGGACAUGGUCUUUCCCAAGGUUACCAAGUGCAUCUUCCACACGUACGGUUCUUCGGGUUCGCUACAGACCCACGAUACACUCUGUGUGAUGGCCCUAAACAUCAUGAACGAAAAGAUCUAUACCAUCCUGUGGUUCUGGUACUUCUUUCUGCUUAUAGUUACUGUCUUGGGAUUGAUCUGGAGACUGUUAACCCUCUUCUUCUACAGAAAUGUCACCUUCACGCGAUGGUCUCUCUAUUGGGCAAAGCCUGGCCAACUGGACGAAAACGAACUGUCGGCAGUGAUUGACAAGUGCAACUUCUCCAACUGGAUGUUCCUGUUCUUCCUGCGCACCAACCUCUCGGAGUUCCUGUUCAAGAAGGUCAUCUAUCAUCUGGCCAGUGAGUUCCCGAAUCCCGAUCACGACAACGAUAUCAAUGCCUAUCGAGAGGCACCGCCCGCACCCUCUAAAUCCCGAUAUCCCGACAUCAGUGGUCUGGAUACGGUGGAUUCACCCCUUCUGCACCCUCGACAUCCUGCCACGCCCACCGGAGCAACGCCCCCCAAUGGAGUCCAAGGGCCAACGACUUCGGAGAUGGCCAAACUACCUGUUUAAUUUAUGCAUUUCAAUUAACGCUAGGCAAUUAAUUAUUUGAGCUUUGUCUUGUUUACACCUGUUUUU